AAACUGAUAAAAAGACAUUUAAGUCAUGUCAAGGGAAAGGGAUACACUUAUUUCUCGCUUAUUCACUGUCGUACUACUAAAAGGAGCAAUCGGUCUGUCAGAACCAUACAUAAAUUCCGCCGUUGGUUACACAGCAUAUUUGCCUUGCAUCAAUAUACAGGGAAACAUAAUAAUUCAGUGGUUGCGUCUAAACGAGAACACAGAAACAGUAGACAGUACUUAUACUACAACAUACACAGAUGGUUGGACAGUUAAUAGAAAUUUACCGCACCACGAAAGGCUGGGGAUCGUUGGCUUAAAAGGUGGAGAAAAGUACAAUUUGAAAAUAUCCAAUUUAACAAUAGAAGAUUCUGGAAGAUAUAGCUGUGCAGUUGAUAAUCCAAAUGGCACUCAGUAUUCCUAUGUCACGUUAAAAGUUGAAGACUUGCAAACGACCAUUCGUUAUUUACAGAACGAUACGUAUUUAACAACUGUUGCUUACAAAGAAACAUCGCAGGAUUUAACGUUUUCUUCCUUAACAAACAAAGCAACUGUUAAAACAACAGCCUCUUCCUCAACAAACACAACAACUGUUACAACACCAGCUAAUACGUCAGUAAAUCAUGGGCCAUCAUAUCUACAGACGUAUCUGAUUAUAACAUCAGCCGGUAUAGUUAUAGUUUUCAUUGGUAUAGCAUCAUUUGUUCUCUACCAAAAUCAAAGGCGUUAUAUCGCUGCUAUUCAGAAUCACCAGCAUCACAGAGAAAAUGACAGGAGGCCUACAGCAAACAGUUCCAUAACUAGUGGAUUAGAACAACAUGAGCAAAACCAUGAAACAAUUCCAAAGGCUCAAUAUGACAAAUCAGCUCACACUGACGUUCUUCGUCGUUCUCAAAUCGACAUUGAAUCAUCAACUAUUGCGAAUACUGAGUUAAAAUCAAUAAAAAGUUCGUAUCAACCAGAACCCGAACAAAACGCUGGCGAUUUGCCACUUCUAAGCAAUCAGUCAAGUAGUAUGAAUACUGGUAUUAGGAAUCAGUACGAACAGCUGACUGACAACUGGUCAAAUUGUUCACCAGUUUACCAACAGUGUGUGGAAAGUAGUGAUCAGACAGAACUGAAAAAUAAAAAGGUAGAUACUACACAGCAUAUUUACGAUGAAUGUGAUACAUCCGUGCCAAACUCUGGAGUAUACCAACCAUUAGUGAAGGGAUGUACAGAUUCUGUUCAAAGCUAUCUUUAAGAGGAAAUAAUCAUUUUCGAGUUCUGGCAUAUGUCUCUUAUUAAUGGGUGUUCUUGGAGACUUUAUAUUUACCUCUAAAACUCUUAAAGCUAACAUUUUGCCAAGUUCUUUCAAGAUUAGUUAUUGAUCUGCCUGUUGGUAAAGGCAUAGGCAUUGUUCUAUAUUAAACUACCCAUAAAAGAUACCCUUGAGGACGUCUUAUUUAAAAAAAAAACUCAAUAGAUAAGUGCCAGUUAGUUUAAAUAAUAUGUAUCGCUAAAACAAAUCAUCUUUAAAGGAGGUAUAAUAUUCAUAUAUAUAUAUCAAUCUUUGAUGAAGACGUAGAAAAUUAAGAUCGUUCAUGAUAAUAUCUCACAAAUAUUAAUAUAUUUAUAUGAUAAAUGCAUUUGCCUUGCCCCGAUUAUGUAUGCAAUUAUUGCAACUGAAUGAUAAACUCCAAAAUUAAUGCAGCGACUGGAGAUAUGUAUUGAAUGAACAACAGAUAAAAGCAUCGGACAUGUAUAUGUGUAUGUAUAAUCAAUUAUUUGCUUUGUGUUACUAGAUAAGUUAAAUUUUAAAUGUUAUUUGAGUAGAUUUGAUUUAGGAUGAAACUGAUAACAGAAAAUAUAGAUUUUUUGUUUAUUGUA